CCUGCCAUUCAAGACCUAGAAUACGCAGAUUUUCCGAUGUUGAUUACUUCGACCCUUGUAUCUAGGUGUACUUGCGUUGACAAUCUCGUCACCUUCUUGCCCGAACCCUCUCUCAGGCCCCCAGACCAUUUUCAGCCAAUACGCACUGUGAGCCUCAUAGACAUGGACCCAACUAUUUUCACAUAUAUCAAGUCGCAACAUGCACAACUAAAGAUCAUACCGAUACCAGCACCCUCCUUUCCAACGUCGCGAAGUUGUUCAUUUGGUCUUCGAGUGAUUCCAGGCACACCAUGAUGCUGUCUUUCGCACUGAGCUUUUGCUUUGUCCAGCUGCCAAUCUUUUGCCAUGCCGUACCUCAAUCAUUCUCUGCCCAUCUUCCCAAGCGUCAGGAUGCGCCAUCAUCCGAACUACCAUGUUUGAGUGUCAUCUCUGCAGCAGCGCAAGGUGUCUAUAUCUUUGCAGCAUCUGAUGUCUACGAUUGUAUCAGCAGGGUACCUUUUCAUGCAGACGUUGCCUCUCGUUUUAUCGACUACUACAACGACACGUUGCAGUUCCAAAGCACGCUACGAUACUUGAACAACCCUCUGGACGGGUAUCAACAACCAUCAGUCGACGUACAACAAGAACUCGAGAACAUCCGGGCAGACAUCGUCUCAGGCACAUACAAGACCCAAUAUGCUUUCGAGGAGCAAAUACAGGUACUCAUUAGCCGCAUCCACGAUAGUCACGUCACAUUAGAUGCAGGUAUGCUAGCAGCUUUCAAAUUCGCCAGUCCUUACACACUCUUGUCGCUCUCGGAGAACGGCUCAGAAGAGCCAAAGAUUUACCUGAAGGAGGAUCUACUCGCGGCUGCCAAAGAAGGUUACGAUGCCUCCCCAGUCAUAAAGAUCAACGGUAUCGAAGUUAUUGAAUAUUUGACGUCGCUGAUAACACCUAAUUCGGAGGGUUACGUUGAGCCGCACGCUGAUUGGAACUCUCUCUUGAGUAGUCCUGCUAAGGAUAUACAAGGAUACCUCAGCAUUUUCCAGCGUCUGCCGCUAUACCCAGGAGAUGAACUGAACUUUACCUUUGAGAACAAUACAUCUCUGGAUACCAUUUGGCUUGCCUUGUACGCAGAAAACGCACGUACUGGCCCUUUGACUACACCUGGAGAUUUCUACAACUACUUUGUGCUUGGGAUAAUACCUGCUGGUUUCGAUCCCAAUGACGCUUCUUCACCUCCAUGGUGGCCUGCGGAUUACAACAUACCUUUUGAAGAGUACGAAGCUCCAUCGAACCCUGAGCCAGGCUUUGACUGCUCAACCUCUGCAGGUCCGGCGGUAAAUUGGUGCAAUGUUACCAAUGGCAACAUUGGAGCAUAUCCCAAUGAUCCAGUAGUAGUGCAGAACGACAUGUCGAUCACUGGGGCUGGUGCCAUCUCGGGAUAUAUCUUUGAUGACAUAUCUACCGGCGUCCUCAGCAUACCAAGCUUCUAUCAGGACGGCCUUAGUGUGGCUUACUUCUUCAAUGCUAUCGACGAAUUCAUUGGAAAUGCGACCACUAAAGAGAUCAAGCGCGUGGUUAUAGACCUCCAGCAGAACACUGGUGGGCUGGUCUUGCUUGCCAUGACAACCUUUCAGCAAAUCUUUCCUGAACUGCCCCUCUAUACAGGAAGCCGCAUCAGAAGCCAUCGGUGGGCAGACAUUCUUGGUACAGCAUAUACAGAUUGGUGGCAAUCCUUAGAUCCUGAUUCUUUCGAGUCUCAAGAUUCCGCAGCAUCAGAAUGGAUCGCUGUGAAUCGCAUUAAUGCCGCUACAGGGCGCAACUUUGCGUCGUGGUCAGAGUACUUUGGGCCUGUUUUGGAUCGCAAUGAUGCGUUUUCUCAAAAGCAACUCUACAACCUCAGCGAUGGAGUUUUUGAUUAUGACAUGUUCGGAUGGACUUACCAACCUUGGGUGAACUCGAGCUUCGUCGUUGCAAAUCCUGGCUGGAACCCCGAUGAGAUUGUCUUGCUUACUGACGGACUAUGCUCUUCUGCCUGCGCAUUGUUUGUGGAACUCAUGACAGAGCUGGCAGGCGUACGAACGAUAACAUUCGGAGGUCGUCCCCAGCACGGGCCGAUGCAGACAGCGAGUGGCAACCGCGGAGCUGCUGCCUACACUUCAAAUCGCAUCGAUUACGACAUCGACAAUCUGAAGACUCUGAUCGGUGAUGAAGCCGCCUUCAACAGUAUUCCGUCCCGUAACGACACUGGCAUAUUCACGAAUUACGCAUUGUUCAACCUCCGCGAUCAAAUGCGCCCCGAGGAUUUGACGCCGCUACAAUUUCGCUACGAAGCAUCCGAUUGUCGGCUGUAUUACGCUCCCAAGAAUGUUUACAACAUGAGCCAAUUGUGGAGAGACGCCGCCACUGCCACUUGGGAUGAUACGACACUUUGCGUGCCUGACUCCACAAACUAUUCCAAACGCACAAGAACACAACGUAAACCCCCACCGAAACCCAACAGUCAAGCAUCUGUUCACUACACAGUCUCAGAUAUCCAACUAGCAGACCCCCUGGAAGUCUCGUUUAAUACAAGUGUAGGGCUGAUGGACAGCAAAACACCGCCCAAUCUCAACACAUAUCAGAAGUGCAACAGCAACAACAACAUCUGCCCAGCCAGUUUGGUCUGUGCGCCAGCGGUGGCGUCCUGUAACGCGGUUGGGGACACUACAUUAUACCUAUGUCUCCAAAGGUGCAAUACCUUACAAGGACUCGCUGGUGACUGCAAACCCCAACAACUAGCCCAGUCUACUGCGCAGCAGCCUAUAGUGAAACGAUUACCUCAGCCACAGCGUUAUGGUCCUCGUCUUGCAGGUUCGGCUCCAGCGAAACCUGUUGGUCAACUAUCGGGCUUCAGCUUUCCGCCGAAAUCCUCAUCCACGACGGUUGGUCAAGGCGUGUAUAAUGGGUACAUUCAGCCUGGUAUAGUCAAGGCAAGUAGCUAUUAUCCAAACUCCGCUUGUAGUAUCGUCUAGUGCGCGUUACAAAUCGAGUGGCAGUCUUCGUUCUGCCAGCAAUCUCACCUCUAGAUGAAUAUUCCGAUAAAACAUAAUAUGAGAACACUGUAAGAACCUUGAAGUCUGCAUUCUUACACCAACAGGAAGUAACAAGGAAAUUGUUAAAUUUGUUGAAUUGAGAUACUGUUGUAAAUACGCAGGAGGUAAUCCCUAUAACCUUCCUACUCUCCUAUGUUUCUUUGUUAUGAGGUUUUACUGUAUAGCCGCUUGCCAUAAUCAACAGAGCUACCAUAUUAGCAGUCAAGCCC